AAAAACUCGUUCUAGUCGGUACGAAGUGAGAAAGGAAAGGGCCCAAGACAAUAUGGAGGCAAAGGGGAAGAAGCGGCAAACACGUACAUCUAGACAUCAACUUCGGUCCAGUCGAGAUGUUCUAGAUAACUUCACGUCUGGGGCCAUCGCUGACAAAAGAUUAAUAAUGAAAACGAACUUGACAGCAGGUUUGUUCUUGAAUGGCAGAAGUUCCACCCAGCCAAACAAAUUGAGUGAUCUGGCUUUCAAUACCAUGGGAUUCCUAGAUCCGCGAGAAGGUUCAACGCUCCGCAAAGACGGAAGUUUGGAUUUCAAUGAACGACUUUAUGACAGCACUAUCACUACCCUUGAUCAAGACGGCCAUGUUAGUCUGAGAAACGAUUAUGAGGAAUUUCGUUUAACCACUCAACCCUCACCCAAGAUCAACGCAUCCUCAAGCUCCAAUAUUCCUCUGAGGGAUGUAGUCUGCCAGCAACAAGAGGGAUUUCUUGUGACCGAUCAUGGAGAGGCACAACAAGGACCUCAAAUUGAACAACCAGUGCACAAGGAUAGCAACACCUUGAAAAGCAGGAUCGACAGCGGGAAAGCGACAACUUGUUAUGUCCCUAGCAAGGAUCUACUCGAUUCGCAGCAAGGUCAUUCGUUUGCAAGAAUUGUUCCACGAUCCACUUCCAUGUCCCAAGCACCAGAACACAUAACACGGGCCCUGAUCGAGACAGGGGUCUACGAUGGUACAGAGAUUCAGCUCGAUAAAUUGAAGGUCCGACCAGGCAAUCAAAUAGCUCAAGAUGCACAAGGUGCCAAAGACUCGAGGGUGGAUUUUGGGAACGAAACCCCCAUUCCCCGUGCGAUCACAUACGAAGACAAGGGCGUCAUGGUGUCCCCAUGGUCGCAGUCGUCGAGGGGACAUCUCCCAGGGCUUCCAUCUCAAGGCAUCAAUCAACAUGACACCAAGGAAAUCGGAGAAGAUGCAGUUGCAGGUCACCUUGACAAGUCGGGAAAUAUCCACUUGAGAGUUGGUCUCGAAAGAAUACGCUCUCCUUGUCACGGGGAGCCCAUUGAGGCCAGGGAGGCUCGGAACGUGCUUCCAGAGCACACACAUCCAGUCGGCUUCAAUAUGGCUGAGUCUCAACCCUGGGCCAACCCAGAACCAAGGGUAACUUCUGAGACGGCAAAAGGAGGAAAUACAUUUGCUCGCACUGCUGUGAAUGAUGAGAGGAUCGCGGAGAAUCUAAACUCGAGUUUUUUGCAAGGCCAACCAUGGAAUCAACCGGCGCUGUAUGGCACAGCUGUGCCUCGCGACAGGCAGCACAUUCAUGAGCCUCUCGCAUCAUUCAGGUUUGCCACUAGUGAUGGCUCAUCAAGUCGGGAGCCGCCGUCAAGACUUCGAUCAAAGGUUCACUCCGCACCUUUGGGAUACCCCAAUUUCUCUUCUCUUCAAACUUUGCGAGGGGAAAAUCUCAAACAAGCUGGCCAAGGGGAGUUUUUACUUGGAAGGUCACUGCAGUCGCCAGCACAGAACAGUACUAAUGAGAGUAUGAAAGAGUUCAUUGAGCGAAUCGAGGCUGAGUCGUUGCUGAAGUGGGACGAUGAACGAUACUUGCAAGAGACGAUUGAUGACGAAGGCGAGCAAGGUGUUACCCGCUAUGAUCAUCAACAUGAUGCCCGGGUCGGCAACGAAGAUAUUGAAACAGGUUUUUUCUGGCAACCAAACUAUUUCAUAUAG